AUGAACGAAGCAAUUACAAACAAGACCCAAUUCCAAAAGGAAUACGCCGAAGCAAUCAGAAAGGCCUCAACUGAAAACUUCCGUGAAUUCUGCAACAAACAAGCACUGGCAAGGCUGACUCCUAUACACAUUAAAAUUAAUGAACUGGCAAUCAUCGAAACAACGAAACUAACAGGCACAAGCAAAUAUCUUCCAACAGACAUUAGUUUAGACACACCAUCGAAACCAGAAGAACGAUUACAUCCAUCUCGUCGCAAAAUUAUCCAUUACCAAGAAGCCAAUAACGCUCAAGAAGUCAAUCAGAUUCUCCUCGAAAACACUCAUCACAUCUACACAGAUGGUAGUAGACACGACGAAAAGGUUGGGGGAGCUUUUGUUGUAUAUUGCCCCAAUGGUAAAAUUAUAACUAGAAAACUAAAACUCCAUAGUUCUUGCUCGGUGUUUCAAGCUGAGUUGAAAGCCAUAGAACAAGCUUGUGUGUGGCUUGCAGAUAAACACAUUCCGAAUGCAGCUAUUCUGACUGACAGCAAAUCUGGACUACAAGAAAUCGGUAACCCCAAUAGUACAAAUCAAAUAGUUACCAACAUCCACAGAAUGCUAGACAACCACAGCUUAUCAGUUAAUUUCAUUUGGGUCAAAGCCCACACAGGUAUAGCUGGUAACGAAGCUGCUGACCUGGCAGCCAAAGCUGCAGCCACAAGCCAUAACGUCCCUAUUCUCAUAAAAUUUCCAAUUAGCUUCGUAAGAAAACUUGCUCAACAAGAUAGUAAAGUAGCUUCCGAACAAUUUUACCAAGAUAACAUGAAAG